AUGCGCUUCAACAUUGCCUUCCUCUGCGCCUUCUUAGGUGCCGGAACCCAACUCGUUGCCGGAACCCAACCCGCUGCCGCCGCCCAACCCGCCGCCGCCGGCCAAACCACUACCGCUAAACCCAAGUUGAAAUGGAAUAGACCAGAGGUCCAAGGAGUGGCUAUGUUUGUCGGAGCAACUUGCACUUGGGGGUCCGCUAUUUGCGACGCUAACGGCAAACCUGUCACCAAAAUAGUCGCAAGUGUCACAUAUUGCUGUGCCGUGGCCGCUUCCGCACAGGUUGCUUCCAGGGGUCCACAUUGGGAGAAAGCGGCUCAAAGCCUCGGACCAAAGGCCAAACUUGUCUAUGAUGCAUCUAGAAAGACUCUGACCAACGGAGGAAGACUUAUGGCUGCGUGUCCCGGGGGACUUUGUCGAAUGGUCCAAAUGUCAAAAGUCACUGGGGCCGUCGUCAAUGGGGCCGUCAAAGGGGUCAAUAACGUCAAAGUCGGCUGGGCAGGGGUUAAAAAAAAGACUAAACAGGCUGCCGUCAAGGUCAAACAGCAGCUUCAUAAGCUGCCUCGACCAGGCCGUAAAAAGCAACCUACCUCUUCCGGGGCUAUCCUUCCCUUAACCAACUCUCCUAGACCUAGACCCAGAUCUAUCAACGGUUUCCCUAAGCGCAGGAAUAAUCAACGCAAACAGAGACGCAGCAACUACAGGAAGAUGAAGCGCUCCUCGUCUCCAAGCAUGCAGAUUCGAAGCCGCAAGCCGACGAACAUAAAUAACUACUACUAG